GCCAAAUUUCAUGGAGCAGCAGGAGGACUGGCAGGGGUGGUUGGAAGUGAUGAUAGACCGGGCAGCUUGUUUUGUUCAGCAUCAAGACGGAGGGGGCAGAGAGGGAUGUGUGGGGUCAGGCUCCUUUCCACCAGCUGCUUGCGGACAUUGCCAAAGGCAGGACCCCAGGACACCUCCCUCUUCCAACUCACCUUCCCAACAUCCUCCACCAUUGAGGCUGGACUGUACCUGACUGCCUAUUCCUUGGCAGCUACUCAGCCCAGUUUGCUGAGGGUUCCACAUCUCAGAGGUGUCCCUGUGUCCUGCCAACACCUAGAGCCACGACCCCAUCUUGAAUCCCACUGACAGACCUGGACAGAGGGCAGCUCGAUUUUAUUCCUGCAUCCUGGAAGAGAUAUUGAAACCAAACAAGUCAAUCUGUUCUGACCCCUCAGUGAAGCCCUGCUCAUUGAGGAUUUAUGUUGCAUUUCUCCCUAGGCAAAAAUCCAAGGAUGACUCUCCUGGGAUCCCUCAUCACUCUCUGCGCAGUUGGAGCAAUGGGCUCCUCAGGGAAUAAGGUCUCAGAGGUGCUGUCAGAUUCAUCUCUCCUAAGCAUCAUUACUGAGGCCAGGCAGUUGGUAGACACUGCAUAUUUACAGGCCCGAAAAAGCUUAAAGAGAAAAUUGGAGGAAAAGAUUGUUAACCCGAUGGAUUUCCUGAAGCACCUAAAGGACCCCAUAGGAAGAACCAGAUCUGCAGUCCGUGCUGCUGAUUACUUGGAAACUACUUUGAAACUCCUCAAAAGGAAGCUGCAUCUCUCUGGGGAACAGAGUUUCAAUGUCACAGACCUGCUAAGCAGGAGACAGAAGGAGAUGAUUUCCAAGGGCACUGGCUGUGACUAUCAGACUCGUUCCAUUAAAUGCCCAGAGAGGGACUUUUACCGGACCAUUACUGGGGAGUGCAACAACAGAAAUCACUCCCACCUGGGGUCGUCUAACCAUGCCUUCACACGCUGGCUCCCAGCUGUAUAUGAAGAUGGAAUGUCUGUUCCCAGAGGAGCAAGUGAAGGAAAGCGCUACAAUGGAUUCCCACUCCCACUGGUUCGAAAAGUAUCCAAUGAAAUUGCUCACACAGCCAACAAGAAUGUCACUGCAGAUCAGCAGCUCUCGCUGGUCUUCAUGCACUGGGGCCAGUGGGUGAACCACGACAUAGACUUGGCCCCUGCCAGUGGGGAAGGAGCCAGCCUGGAGCUCCAGUGCCACACCAGCUGUGCCUUCAAGCCCCCCUGCUUCCCUAUUAAGUUCCCCCCUGACGACCCGCGGGUGCGGAACUCCGACACCUGCAUGCCGUUCGUGCAGUCAGCCUCGGCGUGCAGCCCCGGGACCUUCCGGCGGGAGCAGCUCAACGCCGCCACGUCCUUCAUCGACGCCAGCACCGUGUACGGCAGCGACCGCGCCCUGGCCAGGAGCCUGAGAAACCUCACCAGCCAGCUGGGCUUGAUGGCCGUGAACCAGGACUUCUUGGACGCGGGGCUGGAAUUGCUGCCCUUCGAGAACACGACACACAGUGUUUGUGUUCUCACCAACAGGAGUGCCAACAUCCCCUGUUUUAAAGCAGGUGACAAACGGGUGACAGAAAACCUGGGACUCUCUGCAAUGCACACUCUCUUUGUCCGAGAGCACAAUCGCCUGGCUACUGAGCUGAGGAAAUUAAAUCCCCACUGGGAUGGGGAAAAGCUUUACCAGGAGAGUCGAAAGAUUGUGAUUGCCAUAAACCAGAUCAUAACAUACAGAGAUUACCUCCCACUCCUGCUGGCUGAGGAGACCAGCAAGUGGAUCCCUUUGUACAGUGGUUACAAUGAAAAGGUGGAUCCAAGGGCCUCAAAUGUUUUCUCCCUGGCUUUCCGAUUCGGCCACACAUCAGUGCAGCCUUUUGUGUCCCGUUUGAAUGAGAGCUUUCAGCCUUUGUGUUCCUCCUCUCAUGUCCCUCUGCAUCUGACCUUUUGUGCUCCAUGGAGAAUUAUAAUGGAAGGAGGCAUCGACCCCCUGAUCCGGGGCAUGAUUGUGGAUCAUGCAAAACUCAUGAAACAGAACCAGCUGCUCAUUGAGGAGCUCCAGAACCACCUCUUUGAACAGACAGAGGUGAUGGGUCUGGAUCUAGGAGCCAUGAACAUGCAACGAGGAAGAGACCAUGGCCUUCCAGGUUACAAUGCCUGGAGGGGCUUCUGUGGGCUCUCCCAACCCCAGACUGUAGAAGAAUUAUCUGAUGUGCUGGGCAAUCCCAAACUGGCCAAGAAGUUCAUGAAUGUGUAUGGGACACCGUACAAUAUUGACCUCUGGAUUGGGGCAGUUGCAGAGCCUGUGGUUCCCCAGGGCAGAGUUGGGCCCCUCCUGUCCUGCAUUAUUGGCACCCAGUUCAGGAACCUGCGUGAUGGGGACAGAUUCUGGUGGGAAAACCCGGGAGUUUUCACUCCACAACAGUUGCAAGCAUUGAGAAAAAUCUCAGUGUCAAGGGUGAUCUGUGACAAUACUCAUAUCAAAAAGAUACCCAGGGAUGUGUUCAAGAUCAACACUUAUCCUGAGGACUUCACUGAUUGCCAAGACAUUGACUUGCUUGACCUCUCAUCCUGGAAAGAUGAGCCUGAGAGUGCCACAAAAGUUUCUAAUCCUACUCAUCAGACCAGCGUUGGAAACCCCUAAUGGUAACACUGAGCUGCUCCUGGGAAACUCCUGCCUGGACAUCAGGCUCCACUGGCUGCUGUUUACUGAACAUCAGCACAUGGUUUACCAGAGGGGAGCUCAAGACUAUGUAAUCUGUUUUAUUUCCUGUAAUGAGAUUUUUUUAAAGAUAUAAUUUCUUUCACAAAACUUCCAGUAAUGUAAGUCUUCAGAUGAAAGGGCAAUGAUAUUUUAUUUUCUGUUGCCCUAAAGAAUUGAUCAGAGGCUUUCUGACUCUCUAAAAGUGUAAUUAUGACAAUUUUUUUGACUUCCCAUCCUGAAUGGGUGUCAAACCUGCCGGCUGGCAUGCUUGCAUUGCAAAAUCAAACUCCUUAUUCUUUUACCUGCUCAGAAAUUAGCACAUUCAUGUAAUCUUCACCAAAACUUUCCCAAUCUCCUGGUUUUGCACAAGAGAAGGAGCUCUUUAGGCUGCUUCUAAUCAGCAGUGAGAUUUCAGCCUU